AUGGCUGCCGUCAAUGGGGAGAUGGCAUCAGCGGGAGCGGAUGAGUUCUGGUUAUUUGGCUAUGGGAGCUUGAUAUGGAAACCUCCGCCUCACUUUGAUCGUAGGGUCCCGGGCUGGGUUACUGGGUACGUAAGACGGUUCUGGCAGGCAAGCCAGGACCACCGCGGAACACCCGAAGCUCCGGGCCGUGUUGUGACCCUUAUCGAGCGCUCGUUCUGGGCUUCUCUGGCCGAUGCACAUGACAGCGCCCCCGAAAAGGUCUGGGGCACCGCCUACCGCAUCGAAGCCUCCCAUGUAGCCGAGGUCAAGGAAUAUCUAGAUAUCCGGGAGAUCAACGGAUACACGAUACACUAUACGCCAUUCCAUCCCGCCGACGGGUCUCCUUCGAUCCGCACGCUGGUCUACAUAGGAACACCCGAUAACGACCAGUUCACGGGCCCACAGGAGCCGCAGGCAUUGGCGGAGCACAUCUACCGGAGCGAAGGCCCCAGCGGAUUGAACCGCGACUACCUACUUGGGUUGGAAAAGGCCCUGAACGAGCUGAGUCCAGAGAGCGGAGAUGCCCAUGUGACGGACCUAUCAGAUCGGCUUAGAGAGAUCGAGGCAAAGAGUAAGAAAGGGGAAACCGAUAUUCAGGAGCCGGUAUCGCCCGUUUCGCACGAAUUCCGCCGUGUCAGCAGCGUGGAUGAGCAGGAAGAAACAGAGAAGGUAUAG